UAUAUCAAACAAUACUUGUAAUUUCCUUAUUAUAGGAGAAGUGAUGAAAUUGUAUUUUCUUACUGCUGAUUUAAACAAUCAUUUAAAAAUGAAAUUCUCAAUCUGUUCUCAGUCCUAGCACAGUUGAAGAAUAUAGCACAGUUGCAUCUGUAAUGAUGGCUCACUCAACUGGGAACAUCUCUCUGGAGACCAUCAUGCAGACAUCAGAGACCGGGUCGGACACAGGUUCGACAGUGACCUUACAGACAUCUGUGGCCAGUCAGGCAGCAGUGCCUACCCAGGUGGUGCAGCAGGUGCCCGUCCAACAACAGGUACAGCAGGUGCAGACUGUGCAGCAGGUCCAGCAUGUCUACCCAGCUCAGGUGCAGUAUGUGGAAGGAAGCGAUACUGUCUAUACCAAUGGAGCGAUCCGAACAACAACUUAUCCUUACACAGAAACGCAGAUGUACAGCCAAAACACUGGAGGGAAUUACUUUGAUACCCAAGGGAGUUCCGCGCAGGUGACUACCGUGGUUUCGUCCCACAGCAUGGUGGGCACUGGUGGGAUUCAGAUGGGCGUCACUGGAGGACAACUCAUCAGCAGCUCUGGAGGAACCUAUCUCAUCGGCAAUUCCAUGGAGAACUCCGGUCACUCAGUGACACAUACCACUCGGGCCUCCCCAGCGACAAUUGAAAUGGCGAUUGAGACGCUGCAAAAGUCUGACGGUCUGUCCACUCACAGAAGCUCUCUCCUCAACAGCCAUCUCCAGUGGCUGUUGGACAAUUAUGAGACAGCAGAAGGAGUGAGCCUUCCCAGAAGCACGUUGUACAACCACUACCUACGACAUUGUCAGGAACACAAACUGGACCCAGUCAAUGCUGCUUCUUUUGGAAAACUAAUAAGGUCAAUUUUUAUGGGAUUACGAACCAGGAGAUUGGGAACUAGAGGAAACUCCAAGUACCAUUACUAUGGGAUUCGCGUCAAGCCAGAUUCCCCUCUGAAUCGUCUGCAGGAAGACAUGCAGUAUAUGGCUAUGAGGCAGCAGCCCAUGCAACAGAAACAAAGGUACAAGCCUAUGCAGAAGGUGGAUGGGGUUGCAGAUGGUUUCACAGGAAGUGGUCAACAGACCGGCACAUCUGUUGAACAAACUGUAAUAGCCCAAAGUCAACAUCAUCAACAGUUUUUAGAUGCAUCUCGAGCACUUCCAGAGUUUGGAGAAGUUGAAAUCUCUUCUCUGCCAGAUGGUACUACCUUUGAGGAUAUCAAGUCACUGCAGAGUCUUUAUCGAGAGCACUGUGAGGCAAUAUUGGAUGUUGUUGUGAAUCUUCAGUUUAGCCUGAUAGAAAAACUGUGGCAAACAUUCUGGCGCUAUUCUCCCUCGACUCCGACCGACGGCACUACCAUCACUGAAUCAAGCAAUCUGAGUGAAAUAGAAAGUCGACUUCCGAAAGCAAAGCUGAUAACUCUGUGCAAACAUGAGUCUAUCCUGAAAUGGAUGUGUAACUGUGACCAUGGGAUGUACCAGGCUUUGGUGGAGAUUCUCAUCCCCGACGUGCUUAGACCUAUUCCUAGUGCCUUGACCCAAGCCAUUCGAAAUUUUGCAAAAAGCCUUGAAGGUUGGCUUUCCAAUGCCAUGAACAAUAUCCCACAGAGAAUGAUACAAACCAAGGUUGCCGCUGUAAGUGCCUUUGCCCAGACUCUGCGAAGAUACACAUCGCUCAAUCACCUGGCCCAGGCAGCUCGUGCAGUGCUCCAGAACACUUCCCAGAUCAACCAGAUGCUCAAUGACCUCAACCGUGUCGACUUUGCCAAUGUCCAGGAGCAGGCUUCUUGGGUGUGCCAGUGUGAUGACAACAUGGUCCAGAGACUAGAGACAGACUUCAAGAUGACCCUCCAGCAGCAGAGCACCCUGGAGCAGUGGGCCGCGUGGCUGGACAAUGUGAUGAUGCAGGCGCUAAAACCGUACGAGGGAAGGCCCAGUUUUCCUAAAGCUGCCCGGCAAUUUCUGCUAAAAUGGUCUUUCUACAGCUCAAUGGUUAUUCGGGACUUAACCUUACGCAGCGCUGCUAGCUUCGGCUCCUUCCACCUGAUCCGUCUGCUCUACGAUGAGUACAUGUUCUACUUAGUAGAACAUCGUGUUGCUCAGGCAACAGGAGAGACACCCAUCGCGGUCAUGGGCGAGUUUGGUGAUUUAAAUGCUGUGUCUCCUGGAAAUCUGGAUAAAGACGAAGGCAGCGAAGUGGAAAGCGAAAUGGAUGAAGAACUGGACGACUCCUCGGAACCCCAAGCCAAAAGAGAGAAGACCGAGCUGAACCAGGCGUUUCCGGUGGGCUGCAUGCAGCCGGUGCUGGAGAGCGGGGUGCAGCCCAGCCUCCUGAACCCCAUCCACAGCGAGCACAUCGUCACGAGUACUCAGACUAUCAGACAGUGCAGCGCCACCGGAAACACCUACACCGCGGUUUAAGGAAUAUUAAAGCGUAUUUUUCCAGCUAACAUUACCCCUGUUGAUAGAUUGGGCUUAAGUUGAAAAUUGAAUAAGCCUGAAGGUCGACUGUUGUCAAAUUCUAUCUGUGCUGAACAUUACCUUUUUGGAGUUGUGAAAUGGAAUGGGUGUAUGUAUUUUGCCAGGUCUUUCUUUCUUUGUUUUUGUUUUUGUUUUUUUUAACGUUAAAAAAAAAUCAUUUGCUUCUAAAUAAUAAGAGUUUUUUUUUUUUUUCUUCUUUAGUUUCAGGUGUCAAGAAGGAUUUUUACCACACUUAAUGCCAAUGUUUUUGUUUUCUUAUAAUUAAAAAGUAAUCUACAUUUUUGUAGCUUAAAAUAUUUUAUUGUUGAUCGUUAGUCUUGGUGUAUGAUUUCAUGUGUAAGUUUUUAAUUAGAUGCACUUCUGUGAAAUAUCAAAAGAAAUGAAUUUCUUUGAUUUACACUGGAGGCAUGCCCAUUUGCCAGCAGAUGCAUCAGAUUUGCUUUUGAAAGGUGCUUUGCAUUGGACAGAACCACAAGACAGGAUUUUGAUAACACUUUGGUAUGGAGAGAGAAUACAGAGCAUUUUUAUUACAGUGCUAGAGGGUUGGGAAGGUCAUCUCUUUUUCUCGGGAGAAAAAUUGAGCUGUGCAUUUAUCCGUUUGGAGUAAAUGACAGAACUGCAAGAGAUUAUGCUAAUAUGUACAUAAUUUGUGUACAUAAUUAUUAAACCACAUUAAUGCAAGCUUCCGUUAAACAUUGAAUUUUAACCGUUAUUUGCAUACCAAUUCCUCUGUUUAAAGACUACUGAUUCUGUAUUUGGGACCACUGCACAGAUGCAUUCUGCUGUUGAGUGGGGCUGUUAUAGUUAGAUACUGAAGCUGAAAAAAAAAUGACUUGACUUUUUUUUUUUUUUUAAUUUUUUUUGUUUUUUUUUAAGUGUACAUGCUACUUAUGCUGAGCUGGACAUACAGGAAACCAUUCCAUUUGGAUGACUUUCUUUUAUUCCAGGUCUUUUUCCUAAUAGUAGUUCAAGAUGCUGCUAUUAUAGAAGAAAAUUUAUAGAAUGCAAGGAAUGUAGCAACCUGCAUAUCGUGAUUUCCUUCAAAAAAUAUUUCCUGGUUUCUAAAGUAUGUGGAUUUAAAUUUUAAACAGAACCUGAAGGCAGUGUAACUGGCACACCACACUGUUGCUUAUCCCCAAUUCAGUAGGAUUUGGAUAGGUGGCCGGAUGGACCAGUGCCAUUGAAGAAUGUACAUCAGGGAUCAUCGUACCUCGGCUAUUACAUGGUGCCUUAAAACAGAACUGAAGCUACGGUUUAGUAAGGCUUAUUUUGUUCAUGUGAAUUCUCUUCGAUCCAUUUGACAAGGUGUACCUGUCACGUUCAGAUUCCCGGAGUGAGGACAGGUCACGUGUGCUUCAAAGGAAAUUUAGGGCAAGCAGAGCAAAACAAAAAGAGGAAAAAAAAGAAAGAAAAGAAAAAAAAAUCAAUUCCCCUCUCCGAGUGACCACGAACGGACUUUUUGUUCAUAGAGCUGAAUAUUACUUGAUUAUAAAUCAGAUUGCUUAAGGGUGUGGAAUAGCAGACUAGUUUUAAUUACCAACUUGUCACAUAAAAUCAUACAUGUUUUAGGUCAUUUUUAUCUAGUUCUCAUUGAAGAAAGUUAACAAAAUAAGCAGGUACUUAUCGAAGUGCAUCUUUUCAGUCUAAAUGUGUUUUUUUGUUUGUUUGUUUGUUUGUUUUCGUCCAUGUCUUGGUAUCUGUGUGUCCACAGCGCACACAAGUGCUGGUGGGCAGGGGUCAACUCAAAGUCAGGUGAGGUCCUAGACAGGAUACACCCAUCCCCAUUUGAAUUUACAUGAAAAGCCAAGGUUCUUUUAAACACUCAAGUUAUUAACAGCAACAACACAACAACCACAAAAACCGGCACACUGAUCCAUUUAAGUAGUUUUUA